CUACACCUUCUUUAUUAAAUUCAUCAAAUCGAAACCCCUAUUGCUUCCUACUACCCAAAUCCAACACUCAUGUCUAUUCCCCUCAUCCAAACCAGUAAUUAUUAUAGCUAGCUUCUCCACCCAUAAUUGCAAGUCCUCAAAAACCCUUCUUCUCAGUUCUCAUCAUUAUCAUGGCUGUUGACCUACACACUUCGCUUCCCUCUCAAAUUCUCCCUGAAGACCCCCACCGUGAUCUUCCCUCACCCUCCCAACACAACCACUCGCCUUUAAAACCGCUCACCCAGGCUCAGACCAACAACAACCUCGACGAUUUCGCCACCGAGUUAACUCACCAUAUGCCUCACUUCGUGCUUCCAGAUGACAACACUUUCGACUUCUCAUCAACUGCUUCUCAGUCUCAGAAUUUCGAAUCGGAACCAUCAUCGCCGCCAGCUACACCCGAAGAGUGUUGUUGGAAGAGUGGCCACGACGUGUCUGGAAUGUUGGAGAAGAUGAAGCUUGACGGAAGAGAAAAAUCGAAGCACCAACCAGGAUAUGAGAUGAAUCAGAGCUCAAAUAUGGGACUCUGUUCUUACCAAUCUCUUAUUCAGGAACAAAUUCGAGCCAUCGAAUUGUCUCGGCUCAAGCAAGAGCCGUUCGUGUCUCCGAAGCCGAAAGCCGCGCCAAAUCAGAAAAGUGAAGCUCAGAUAGCGGAGCCCAGGCAAUUUCCGAAGAAAGGUGGUGUUGGACGGAGGGCUCGCCCGCAACGGCCCGGUCCACAGCAAGCGGGUCAGGGCAUGCGGGCGGUUUUUUUGGAUGGGCCCGGUUCUCGAGGUGGGACGGGCGUUUUCUUGCCUCGUGGUGGACCCACCGUUCCCUCCGAAUCACCCAACAAGCAAGGUAAAGGUUGUUCCACCGUUCUUAUUCCAGCUAGAGUAGUACAGGCUUUGCAACUCCACUUUGACCAAAUGGCUUCCACGUCUGGGCCCAAAGCUGGUGGCUUCCCUCCUCUUCAUGAUGUGCUAGUGAGUAACAGGGAUGGCAUGUAUUCACUUCAAAAGCGAGAGUCAAUGAAAGCGCCGGCAAGCAUCCAAAAUGAUAUGAUUCUGCCUCAAGAGUGGACGUAUUGAGAGCCAAGUGAAGAACGCCAGAUUAGAUGCACAUGCAUUUCCUACUAGUCCUCUUUUCACUCAUACAGAAUAAUAAUAAUAAUAAUCCUGUUUUGGCAGUUUUUACCCAAACUCAAGAAAGAAACAAAGAAGAAUAUGAAUAAGAAUAAACCAGAAAAGGAUUUCCCCUGCAACACAUCGGAUCAAUAGAGGGAAUCUUUUUACCAGCAGGGUACGACGAAUAAGGGAUCAAUACCAAGAGUUUUAAUAAAUAUGUCUUGUUUUUGGGUACAAGUUUGCAUAGGUUUAAUAAUACUUUGCUUCUCCCUUUAUUUGUGUUGGGGUACAGGAGUUGUGACUCUCUGUAUGGCAAAGCAAACUAGAGUGUGUUCCAAUUAAAUCAAAACAGAGGAUGUCUUUUAAAAUCCUUUGUAAUUAUUCAGCUCCG